AUGAGCUCAUUUGCUAAAAAACUUAAAAAGCAUUUUUCUUCACUAAAAAGGCAAAGUUUUCAGUCUUUUGAGAAGAUUGAAAAUGAGGCUUCUUUUACAGAAGACAAAAGCUUUAUUUCUCAAGGCAAUCUCAAACAGGCCGAGAGUCUCGGUGGCAUGGUUGAUAAAAUUUCAAUCAGUGAGAAGCUUGAAAAUGAGGCUUCGUCUACAGACAAAAGUACUAUUUCCCAAGGCAAUCCCAAACAGGUUGAGAGCCUUGACAACAUGGUUGACAAAAUUUCAACCAGUGAGAAGCUUGAAAACGAAGCUUCUUCUAUAGACAAAAACUCUAUUUCCCAAGGUAAUCCUAAACAGGCUGAGAGUCUUGAUAGCACGGUUGAUAAAAUUUCAACCAGUAAGAAGCUUAAAAAUGAGGCUCUUUCUACAGACAAAAGUUCUAUUUCCCAACACAAUCCUAAACAUGUCGAGAAUCUUGAUGGUAUGGUCGAUAAAACUUCAACUAGUGUGCAGCCUGAAAAUGAAGCUUACGAGGCUUCUUCUACAAACAAAAACUCUAUUUCCCAAGUUAAUCCCAACCAGGCUGAGAGUGUUGAUAGCAUGGUUGAUAAAAUUUCAAUCAGUGAGAAGCUUAAAAAUGAGGUUCUUUCUACGGACAAAAGUUCUAUUUCCCAACACAAUCCUAAACAUGUCGAGAAUCUUGAUAGCAUAGUUGAUAAAACUUCAACCAGUGUGCAGCCUAAAAAUGAAGCUUCUUCUAUAGACAAAAGCUCCAAACAGACUCGGAGUCUUAAAAAAAGCACAAGUGAUAAAAUCUCAACAAGUGGAAAGCCCAUUCGAUGCAAAGCUGCGGUUUGUCGGGCACCAGGUGAGCGUCUAGUGAUUGAGGAGAUCAUGGUGGCACCGCCAAUGCCUCGUGAGGUUCGGAUUCGAAUCAUAUGCAGCUCUCUAUGUCACACCGAUAUUGAUGCAUGGAAAUUGAAGAAUCCUACUGGAAUUUUCCCAAGAAUUUUUGGUCACGAAGCAGUCGGAGUUGUGGAAAGCGUGGGGGUGGAUGUGCAUGAGGUAACUGAAGGAGAUACAGUGAUCCCUACAUUCGUCUCAGAUUGUGGAGAAUGUGAAGACUGCAGAUCAAAGAGAAGCAAUCUCUGUUCAAAACUCCCUUUCAGAUUAUCUCAAUGGAUGUCAAGAUAUGAGACCAGUAGAUUCACUGACCUCAAUGGAAAUGUUAUAUACCACUUUAUGUUUGUGUCGACCUAUAGUGAGUAUACAGUGGUAGACGUUGCCCAUGUAACCAAAUUUGAUCCCUCGAUCCCUCCAAAUAGGGCAUGCCUCCUCAGCUGUGGAGUAUCAACAGGGGAUGGCGCUGCUUGGAAGACAGCAAAUGUGGAGGCAGGAUCAACUGUUGCUAUAUUUGGGCUGGGGUCUAUUGGAUUAGCUGUUGCAGAAGGAGCUAGACUAUGUGGAGCUACUAGAAUAAUUGGUGUAGAUCUUAACCCUGACAAAUAUGAAAUCGGAAAAAAAUUUGGAGUAACAGAAUUUGUCAAUCCUGGAAGCUGUGGAGAUAAAUCUGUGAGCCAGGUGAUAAAUGAGAUGACAAAUGGGGGUGCAGAUUAUUGCUUUGAAUGCAUUGGAUCGGCAUCCUUGGUGCAUGAAGCAUAUGCCUGCUGCCGAAAUGGUUGGGGAAAAGCAAUUGUGUUAGGAGUGGCCAAGCCGGGUUCACAAGUGAACCUCAGCUCUUAUGAUGUUCUUCAUAGCGGGAAAACCCUCAUGGGAUCCUUAUUUGGAGGACUCAAAGCUAAAACUGAUAUUCCCAUUCUCAUUAAACGCUACUUGGACAAGGAACUGCAGCUGGAUAAAUUUGUCACGCAUGAGGUAAAGUUUGAUGACAUCAACAAAGCUUUUGAUUUACUCAUUGAAGGACAGAGUCUUCGUUGUGUAAUUUGGAUGGACAAAUGAGUAAGCUCCUAUGGAAUUUGAUGGUGGUGAAGGUUCAAUGACAAUAAUGAAACUUUCGAUUUACUAUGGACUUUGCUGUUCUUCACCAGCAACCGGUUCCUUUUUAUUUUUUAGCAUAUGCUGUGUUCUAAUCGAUCUAUGCAAGUUUCAAUGUUU